AUGGCAAAAAUUAAAUUGUUUGUCUUCAUCGCAACAUUUGCACAACUUCUGAUUUGCCUGAAUAUUUUCCUUGGAACGAAACAAGAUGUUGCUGACUUCAGAGGUGCUUUCAAGUCAAGUUCUAAACGAUAUAAAGAAUCGAAGUUAGAAUUCAUUUUUGAAACAGACAUGGAAACUUUUCCUCAAUUUUUACAGUUAAAAAAUAUUGAACAGAAAAACAGGCUUUUGAAAAACCCAUACAUCUUUAAUUGUACCAAUAUUAACGAAGUGCACAUAUUAAAGUCCAAUGUUGGAGGAGGUAGAUCAAAAACGGUUGAUAUUGGGAUAUUUGAAGGAGAAAUGGUUGUAACGAAGAGGAUUUCUGACAUUAAGCCAAAGGUUAUCAGUGAGGAAUACAGAGAGGUUCUUUUCAUGAAGGAAAUAUUACUAAGAGACCAAUUAGAACAUCCGGGUCUCAUUCAGAUGUUAGGAUUUUGUGUUCGAUAUAUAAACAGAGAAGGAUACAAAGGUUUUCCAUUGAAUGAUAUAAAAGCUGUUUACGAGUAUGGUGAAGAGUUUGAUAUCCAAAAUUUGAAAUUAACAACGAAUGAACGACUUAUUUAUGCUUUAGAUCUUGCUAAUCUUUUAUUAUAUCUACACAAAUCUCCAUUAGGAUCAUUGAAAAUAGGUGAUUUCAAGAAAACACAUUUUCUGUUAGUAAAGAACAAGAUUAAACUAAUUGAUUUAGAUUAUAUGCAUAACAUUGAAAAGCAAUGUCAGUAUUCAAAAAAUGAAACUCUAAAUGCAUGUCCAUAUAAACUUGCAUGUACGCGUCUGAACAAAGACGAGUUAUCGAACACGUCCUGUGAUUAUGAAAGAGGCUGCAACAUUGGAAAAUGUGCGGGAUAUAACACAAAAAGAAAUAUAUACCACAUAUAUACAACUUUUUUUAAACAUUUGUUGAGACCGGAACUAUUUCCUCUACAAAUGCAAAAGAUAUUACUUAAUUUACUAUCGACUCUAAAUGACAAUGAUAUCGAAGUAGAAGAAUUAGUUGAGAUAUUGGAAAACAUCAUACUUUCUUUGACCAUUACAUUAAAAAUUACUUUAAAUCAGAAUAAUUAA